CGGAUCGUGAGAUUGCCGGCGUCGCAAAAUAUCGGCAUCCGGGCUUGCUUUCGAAUGUAUUUUCGUCUCUUCGCUUCUCAACUCAGAUUGAACCCUCAAACAACCCCCACGUUUGACACCUACUCACCUUAACGAUACCGCAGUCAUGGGCCGAGCCAAAGAGGCGGGGGCUGAGGCUCUCACCGCCGUUGUCGAUGGAGCCGCAGCAGCAGCAAGAGCGGUGUCGCAGCAUGCAGAUACGGCCCCGGCCCCGUUCGGAGCCGCCGACGAGCCCACCAUGGCCAAACCCAGGACACUAUCGAGAGGACGCGCCCAUCACCGCCUGCCCGAUUCCGCCCGCUUCGCGCUAGCGGUCGUCUUGAGUUUUGCGAUUUCGUCGCUUGGCCGCUCAUUUGUCGACCACUGCAGCGAUAAUGAAAUCGGCAGCAUUACGAGAGAGGGGAAUUCGAGAACGGAGUUAUUCCUCCUGGCUGCGCGGAGACUGUCUGGACUAGCCCUGGGCUGGUUCGCAGACUACGAUUCCUACGAUCUUGCAGCCCUCGCUCUGCUUGCGCAUGGCCCUGCAAUCUAUCUCAUCUCUGUCUUCUACGGAAUUCGUGCCAUGACCGCGGGCGCUUACCUCAGCGUCGAUGUGGUAUCAGCUUUCUUGCCUUUCCUCCUCCUGCGGCGCCUGUCUGGUGCCCACACAGCAGCCCCCGGGAUCGCCAACCGCGACAUCGUCGCCGACCGGGGAAUCCAAGUCCUCACAUCGGUCCAUGCCGCCCUCGUAUACAGCGUGGUGUUGUUCCUAGCAGGCCGAUAUCUUCUGCCCAGCACCUUGGUGCUCCACUUUCAGGGCAUCCCCACCAUCCUACCGGCCGCCGAAGCUCCAUUUCUCGGCCUCGGCAGUCCGACCACUCUGAUUCUCAGCCUACUGCUCGGCCUAGCGGCGCGGACCUUCAUAUUUACGCCGCUUGUCGCUACACCCCGAACGUCGGAGGAUCAGAAACUCGCCGAGUUCGAUCCCGUCAAUGCCACUCUCAAAGAGACAGUAGCGUGGAAUUUGUGGGGCUACACCACCCGCACCAAAGUGUCUCUCAUCCGGACUGCCAUGGCCAUGCUGUUCACCGCGGUGGGGACCUACUUGGACACUACGCUGGUGAUCAAGGGUGUCGAGCCCUACGGCGCGGCUGUCUACGCCAGCGUUUGGGUCACUGGCGCUCUAGUGACCGGAGUGACGUUGCGAUACGUCGGCAGCAUCUGACGUGCCUGGGCGGGUUGCGCGUCGAGGAAGACCGGAUGACGUGCCCUGGGAUUGUUGUCAUCUUGUUUACGUUAAAUCGGAAGACGAAAAGGCUGAUGAUGUGUCCCGGGAUGACGCGGGGUUUGGGGAAGCUGCAGACUCGGGAUCUAUGGACGUUGAUCCGUGUGGCUACGGAUCUCGCAUGGUCCGGGCAUCCAGAUUAUCGCGCAUCCAUCUCGGUCCCUCUUCGACCGUGGUUGGGGUAGCAUGCAGCCACGACGGCUUGAUUUUUUGACAGUCUGAGCAAGGGGUAGCAGGCCUCGUGGAACCCUGGAACCGGCUGUUGAGUGUGCGUGCGUUGUUACAUCCUUGUCUCGCAUCCCGUGACUGGAAGAAAUUGGCGCGCGUUUGCGGCAACUGUAGCAGUCAACACGUGAAGACAAGGGUAACGGUCUCUAUGCC